AAAAGAAAGCAGUAAUAAACCAGUUCACAUUCACAACACAAGCCCUCUUUUCUUUAUCCACAGAAACCCUCGAUUCACUCCCCUCCCUCUAUAUAUUCUCCGUAUAUCAUACUUCCCCCAGAUCUCCACUCCUUCCAGACCUAAAGAGAUUUCCUGGGGAAAAAUGGAGGGGAGUCCAAGAGAAAGUGUGACGAAUGGCGCGUCGAUGUUCAACGAGGAAGAUACGAGAGAGAUAUAUGGGCUGAGGGUUUGCGAGGAUCAUGUUGAUGUGACUUGCGGAUGCACUAGUCAUCAAUACGGUGAUGCUGUUGGGACUCUUAGGGUUUUUCCUAAUGGUGAUCUUGAAAUCAACUGUGAAUGCACCCCUGGUUGUGACGAAGACAAGUUAACCCCAGCUGCAUUUGAGAAGCAUUCUGGAAGAGAAACUGCCAGAAAGUGGAAGAAUAAUGUUUGGGUCAUAUCUAAUGGUGAGAAGGUCCCACUGGCAAAGACAGUACUUCUGAAGUACUACAAUCAAACAACUAAAUAUGGCAAUGGACGACCUCAAAUCAGUCGCGGCCAUCGUGAUGAGUUUGUUACUUGUACUCAGUGUGGCAAGAUGCGAAGGUUCCGACUCCGUAACAAAGAAGAAUGUCGAGUUUACCAUGAUGCUUCGAGAGAUGUAAACUGGAAAUGUUCUAAUUCACCAGAUAAAAGGGUGUCAUGUGGAGACGAGGAGGAACGAGCUAGUCGAAGAGUUUACCUUGGAUGUUCCCGUUCUCAAACAUGCGGAGGCUGUACAUCCUGCGUAUGUUUUGGAUGUAAAACUUGUCGUUUUUCAGAUUGUAGCUGCCAGACAUGUAAGGAUUUCACUAUGAAUGCCAAAAAUUGAACUCCCCAACCUA